GAGUCCAUGAUCUCAGUUGCCUCCUCACGUUCUGGCUCAAAAAGACGCCCGCGCGCCUGCAUCUCCCCACUGCCCUGUCUUGUUCUAAGCUGCUAGAGAUGCGCAGGUCUUUGGAUUCCCACCUUCACAAGCCAACCGACAAUGAACUACUCAUCUAGGAUAACUCUGCGUUGGAAACCACACGAAGGAUGAUUGGAUAUAUGACUGUUCUUAACCGUGGACAGCUGCUGGUUUUAAUUCUGUAGCCCAUUGGAUUGCUGCCACCCGUGCGUUUAUGUGGUCCGUUUGGAGACGUUCCUUUGGGUUGCCUGUAUUCGGAUGUAAAUCGGAGGUUUUGUUCCCUGCGCACCUCUCAAAUGACUAAGCGUGGCGCGAAGAGGAGACUGCGUUCUCCAUCUCGCUUCUAUGUUAAAACCUUGGGCUAAAGUUUUCAUGGACGGUGCCCUGGAUUUUCCACUGCUAUCCAUCUGAACAGGGUCUUUGCUUUUCAAGCAGAGAACAAGUAUUUUACCACGCACACAAGAGGUGCCUUCUUUUGGAAUCUAUCUCCAAAAUGAAGUCCGUUUUUAUCCGAGUUGGUGAACUCUACUUUCUGGUCCUUUGGCUUCAGUCAGUGCCUCGGAUGGAAGGUUGGGUGGAGGGCUGCCCAGCGCCAUGCAUAUGCCACAGCGAGCCACGGCCCACCUUGGCCUGCCAACAGCAGGGCCUCUACUCCAUCCCCACAGAGAUCCCCAUCCACAGCCAGCGCAUCUUCCUCCAGAACAACAAGCUUACCGUGGUCCGCUCCACCAGCUUCAGCCCCUGCAGAAACCUCACCGUACUCUGGCUCUACUCCAACAACAUCAGCCACAUCGAGGCUGGUGCCUUCUACGGCCUAGAGAGGCUGGAGGAGCUGGACAUAGGGGACAAUGACCUGAGGAUCAUCAGCCCCACUGCCUUCCGAGGCCUGUCUAGACUGCACACCCUGCACCUGCACAGCUGUGGCUUGUCUGUGCUGCCUGUAGGCGUUUUCAGGGGACUAUUUUCCUUGCAGCACCUCUAUCUCCAGGACAACAGCUUACUGACUCUCCAUGACGAUACUUUUCUGGACCUGGCCAACCUGACCUACCUGUUCCUCCACAACAACAAGAUAAAGACUGUGACGGAUCACAUGCUGCGAGGCUUGGUGAACUUGGACCGCUUGCUGCUGCAUCAGAAUCGAGUGACCUUCGUCCAGCGCAAUUCUUUUCAUGACCUACGCAAGCUGACCACUUUGUUUCUGUUCUUCAAUAAUCUAACAGUGCUGACAGGGGAGACCAUGGACCCACUGGUGUCCCUCCAGUACCUGCGUCUGAAUGGGAACCAGUGGAUUUGUGACUGCCGGGCCAGGACCUUGUGGGACUGGUUUAAGGGAUUUAAAGGGUCUAGCUCAGAGCUUGAGUGCCAUGUUCCGACCAGACUGUCCGGAAAAGACCUGAAACAGCUAAAGGUCCCUGACCUGGAAGGUUGCUAUGACAGCUCUGACCAUACUUGGAUUAGCGCGUUCAGUUCCAAGACACGAUCUGGAAAACUCACCACGGAGAGUCCACUUAGGGCUGGUAUUCCCAGGUGCUGCCUCUCAGAUAAAGACAAGUCGUCCAUCAUCUCCAGCAAGGGUAUCCCAGAUCCCUCCUCGUACAACAGCAGACAAAUCACCAACAAUCCUCUGAAGGAGAAAGAGAACAUCUCCAAAACUAAGCUGUUGGAAGCUGACCCCAACAAACCCCAGAACAAACAGAGUUUGAACGAUGGGCCAGUGGGAACAUUAUCUAACAACCUGGACCAGUCCUCAGAGGAUCUAAGCCCCUCCAAUGACCCUGAAAAGAAGAAAAGGUGUGCAAAGGAAAACAUGUCAGACCCUCUGUGUCUCAAGUCCCACGGAUCUACAAUUGGAGCAUGGAGGCUUGUCUUUCUGCCUGUGUUUUGGCUAUCCUUAGACUUCUGUUAGAAGUUACAAUAACAGAGGGAUAAUAUGGGCCAGUGUAAGGCCAGUGCAGGAGGCCCUGCUAAGUGCCACGGGUGGGAAAGGGGAACAGAACUUUCAUUCAAGUAACUUCCAAAAUAAUGGAAACACUUGACUAAAUGAGGGAUACAAAGUAUUCUGAAAGCAGGGGCUUUCACGCAGGUGUGGUUCCUGAUUUAAUUAGGCACUUAACAUCCCGUCAUGCUCAAAGGCUCUGCAUGAUCAAUCUGCCAUCUGCAGUGGCCGUACAGCAUUUAGUGUGAUAUGGCCUCACCAGAAGUCAGGGCAUUGAUAUUUUUUGCACUUUGCGGUGCAGAGCAGAGCUGUUGUGAAGGAAAUUGUCAAGGAAGUAAGUGUGUGUUUAUAUAGGACCUCUCACCCCCAGCUACUGUCAACCAAUAAUCCAUAUGCCAUGGCAGUCUCAGUCACCAGAUCUCAACCCAUUUGAACACUUAUGGUAGAUUCAACAUAACACCAAAUUAUGGAAUUUCUCGUGGAAUGGUGUCGCAUCACUCCAAUAGAGUUCCAGACACUAUAAUAUAUUCCAAGGUGCAAUGAAGCUGUUCUGGAUUGUGGUGCCCCAACACCCUAUUAAGACACGUUAUGUCCGUGUUUCCUUUAUUUUGUCAGUUACAUGUAGAUCUGAUGAUAUGAAUUUGAAAAGAGAAUUGGAAGAGCUAAAAAAAAUACAAAUCAACAAAUGGAUGCCUUUCUACAGUAUGUCCAUUCCAAAUGUAUAUAUGUAAUGGAUUUGUUCCCAGGUGAUACUGUAUGUUCUGCCCAGCUAUAAAGCACUUAUUCUGGGAGGCCCUAUCCUCUCUAGGUUUACUCUGCCAAUGGUGGUGAUUGGUUAUUACAAAGACAUUGAAACAGCACAAGCUGUUUAAAACUAAGAAUGUUUUGAGGUUUCCUUCAUGACAACCCCAAAGAUGUGAUAGAUCGUAUUCCUCCAUUUAUUUUUGUUAAUCUUUUUUUAGAGUGGAACAUUGAUUUAAAUGCUAUUUUUAUGUUUAUAAGUGUAAACGUAAGACAAAUACUUAAUAUUUCUUGUCACGCUGUGGUUAUGGGUAGCAUUCUCAAAAGAGUACUGUCUAUUUGUUCACUGAAGUUGCUGUGUACUAUAGAUAUGCAUUUUAUUUUACUUGUGUAAAAGUAUAAAUAUAUUGCAAAUAAAGUAUUCUUUUUCUUA